CACUUCUAUAGAGAAAAUUCAGUUGAUGAAGCUUUAAAUUUUUAUCUAUACAAUUCACAUGGAAUAUUUACCAUCCCAUUGACAAAUUAAAUACACCACUUAGUUUCUCAAAAUGUAAUUUCUUCCUUUGUUCAUUGUACAAUUAUUGUUGAAAUUAGGAAGCACUUACUAUAUAGUAGCGAAAAGGAAAGGAAAAGGUGACAUUUCCUCUCUAUACACUUCGUGACUACAAAAAACUUUUUCUGCUAAAAAAACUUUAACUUUUUAUUCAAGUGAAUGCAUGUUCAAAGACAACUUCAACUUCCAAAUACCAUUUUUCAACUUCAAUUUCACAAACUCUUUUUUCAAAUUUUAACCAAAUAUAUGUCCAAACUCCUAGCAGCGAUGCAAAGACUGAGAGUAAAAUUAACCAUAUCAGAUAGAACAGCCAAGGCAGAAGCACAACUCAAGGAUAAGCUAAAAUUGAGGCUCAAAACACUCGAACAAGGCUUGAAGCAAGCGUUCAACGUCUCUGUCAAACCUAAUGGAUCCCCAAAAUCUCAAAAGACUAAACACUAUCUUGGAAAUAACUUGGUAAAGAAGAGUUUAUGGACUUCUCGAAAUAAGAAUGUUGAGAGUGCUGGAAAGGAAAACGCAGAAAUGAAGGAGAAUUCUAUUGUGGAUAUAAACAGCAACGAAAUCACAGAGGCGCAUAAGAUCAAGAACCGAGGAGAUGAUCAGGAAGAAAAUAAGACUAAUGGAUGCAGCUUUAGACACGUAAUUUUUUACGCUCCCUGAGUUGUUUUACACGAUUUUUAACACUAAAUAUUUCUUUUUGCCUUAAUCUUAUUUUUUCGAAUUUUAUCUCAUUUUAGUGAUUUUGUUGUGCAAAUAAAAAAUAUAAAACAAAAAUAGAGUCGUAGUCAAGAUAAAGAGAAAAUUUAAAAAAAAAAAAAAAAAUCUUUUAACCGGAUUUAAAUGUAUAAGUUUUAUUUUUUUUCUUAGUCAAAAAUUAGGUGGCUAAAAUACUUAUAAGUGUAUUUAGAUUAAAAUAAAACAAAUAAUAAUAAUAAUAAAAAAAUGAGGACCAACAAAAAAGUUCCACCUCAUAAGAUUCUUUCCAACAAACUAAUUUCUCCCACUCCAUUUUACAAUACACGUUUCAUACACCUCACAUAUACACCAUCACACCUUGAGCAUAUUCCAUACGUAGGGCCCACUUGAAUUUUUCUUGCUCACUACUUCACAAUAUAUACAGACAAAAAGACAAAAUAGAAAACAAAUUUUUAAUUAGGUAGAACACGUGACCCAAGGGGAGGGAAUAUUAUUUUGGUGGUCCCCAUAAUUUAAUAAAUAUACACAACACAUCAGCAUGAUAAAAAGGAGGGGGAGUUAACUUUGAGUCCGGAACCAAAAUGCCCCAAAAAAAAAUAUUUUGAACCAAAAUACCCCAACAACAAAAAAAAGUUACCAAAGUACCCAUAUCGCAGUAUUUUACUGCGCUAUAGCACUAACGGAGACGGAGCCGUUAAGUGCUAUAGCGCAGUAUUUUACUGCGUUAUAGAAAAAAAAAUUGGUACUUCUAUAACGCAGUAAAAUACUGCGUUAUAGAAAUACCAAAAAAAAAAAAUCUAUAACACAGUAAAAUACUGCAUUAUAUAAAAAGUACAAAAAAAAAAUGGCCAACUUUAUUUUUAGCAACACUUAGUGUUAUUUUCCAUACUUGACCAAUAAUUAAUCGUGUGUCAAGACUCCGAAACGUCAAUAUUUUAUAUAGAACCUGAUAUUUUUUUUCUGCGUACAAUAAUGUAGGCUCAAUACAUCAAGGAUACGUAAACGUUCGGAUCGUCAUUUUAGGGGUUGAAAAGGUGCCCGAAGUUUUGUUUGAAAAAAAUUAGUGUUUUUUCCAUACUUUGACCAAUGAUUAGUCGUGUGUCAAGAUUACGAAACGUCAAUAUUUUAUAUAGAACCUGAUAUUUUUUUCUGCGUACAAUAAUGUAGGCCCAAUACAUCAAGGAUACGUAGACGUUCGGAUCGUCAUUUUAGGGGUUGAAAAGGUGCCAGAAGUAAGUUUUGUUUGAUAAAAUUUAGUGUUUGACUGUAAGGUUAUUUUAGUCAACUUUAUAUGUCGAGAAAAUUAGUCAGCUUUAUUUUCAAAAAUUGAAACCGUAGAAGUGAAAUUGACAUUCACAACUACAUUACCCCGGGAUUUUUACGUUGAAAUUUAUUGCGUAUCAUCAUCUUAUAAGUAAAUAAAACUAAAAAUUUCACGCCAAUUUGGGGGAAAAUCGA